AUGCGCUACUGUUUGGUACUGCUAUCAACUACGCUGUUCUGCUUGGCAUAUGCAAAUAGAGAACCCAAAGAUCAGGCGGUGAUAUUUCCCAGGGAUCAGGAAAUCCAUUUUCCAGGAUCAGAGAGCGAUCAAGAUAUCUAUUUUCCGGACUCCAAAAAGUUCAAGAUACGUGGCUUUCACUGGAACAGUGCGGGUCAUCUGCCAAAACCAAAUUCAAGGCGAUGGCGAUCAAUGAAUGCUUAUAGACCAGGUCAACCAUUUCCCCCACCCUCAAAUGGUCAUUACAACAAGAAUCGCAAAAACCAACCAAGGGAACAGCAACGUCUCUGUGAGCGCAAGCACUCAGAGUAUAUUGAACGCAUAUUUGCCAACGAUAAGGCCGUAAGCGCAGACGCCGAUGACGUCGAUUUCGAUGGACGCGUUCUCGUCCGACCUGGUGAAUACCCCCACAUGGCAGCGCUCGGCUUUGAGACGAAUUCACAGAUAAUCAACUAUAAAUGUGGCGGCAGUCUCAUAAGUGAGAAUUUUAUACUAACUGCGGCCCAUUGCACUGAUGUGGAAGGUGAAGUGCCAAAAUGGGUGCGCGUCGGUGGACUAAAUUUAAUGAUCGAUGAGAUAACGGUUGAGCCACAGAAUUUUGGAAUCGAAAGCAUAUUCGAGCAUCCGGACUACAAAAAUGAUUUAUACUACAAUGAUAUAGCACUUCUAAAACUGGACGGAAAUGUAAUUCUAACAGAGUUUGUUCGACCCAUUCGCCUGUGGUCCAGUGAGGAGAUACCCACAUCGAUUGCCUUCGCCAUGGGCUAUGGAUCGACAAGCUUUGGCAAGGGUAUGACAUAUCGCUUGACCCAUUUGAAUGCAACUUUGGUGCCCAACAGUGAGUGCGAUGAGGAUCUACCCGACUUCGAAGAGACCCCAUAUGGAAUAAUAGCGAGUCAGAUAUGCGCACAGGAUUUCAUUCAGAGUCGCGACACCUGCCAGGGCGACUCGGGUGGUCCGCUUCAGUUGAAUUUGCCGGGUCGUCGACGUCGUCAUGUCCAUUAUCAUCUUAUUGGAAUUACCUCCUUCGGCGUCUUCUGCCGCAGCAGCUAUCCAAGUGUCUAUACACGUGUUUCAUCGUAUUUGGAUUGGAUCGAGCAAAUCACGUGGGGCAUGCCAAGUAGCUGAACCUUACUUUAAGUUAAUUAAUUAUGUAUUCAAGCAGAGA